AUGUAUGCGUACUCAUUAAGUGACCAAAAGAUCUGCCUCACCGACUUCAACGAUUACGAAGACGCCACACAAAUAAACGUAUUCACAAGGGAAGACCAUGGGUUCACGCCUGUUAACACCCUUUCGAAGGACAAUGAAAAACUAGUUGCAACGAAAAACAUCAAUUGCGAUGAUUUCCAGAAAUACGUAUACGCUUGUACGGCGGACGCAGCGUUGAUGUACAACUCCAGCAGGAAAGUGCCGCCUAUGCCUAACCGAAUUCCGGAGUGGUGCAGUGCAAUGAGACAUCUCACCAACUGCGCCACAGAUUGGAAUUCCGAUUGCAGAGAUGUGACUGAGAGCCACUUUUACGAGGAGAGUAUUAAGGGUCACAUGCACGUCGUGAACAACGAUACGAGUUACUCCCUGAGUGCAUUAAAAGCACAGAAGAGGCUUGGGAAAAGUGCUACACGAAGUUUCAAAGAGGUGGUCGACGAUAAAAAGAAUACUUCACACGAGUGGACGCAUUACGAAACACAUUUUUACUUGUGCUGUGCAAGGGCACAGUUCCGCCGCUGCACUCUCGAGUUACUCUUCGAGACGGCGAACAAGUGUACCAAUGUUCAAGCAGUCAUCUUGCAGAAGUUCUCGGUCAUUAUCUCCGAAGGUGACGUUUUUCAGGAUUGUGACGUUAAUGUAAUGUACGCUAACUGUCCUGAUGGUGACCCAAGACCCAAUGACGUCCUGCUCUCAAAAUUGGUGAUGGUGGAUGAUGCUGAAAGUGAAGCAAGUAAUGCCAUAAACUGGAAGCCCAUCCCUUUCUACGCUUGUGUACAAUUAUUCAUAAAUGGAUUACACACA